AUGUUGCGUGACUUAACAGAGUCACAACACUCCCGGAUUCAUGAUGAUGAGAAUCCCAUGUUUGGUUAUCGACCCGUGUGUCACCUUGGCCAAUUCAAGGCCAAGAAUGGUGAAUUGUUGGUGAGUGGAGAAGUCAGUUUUGGAUUCAAACAUAACAUGUUUGGUGGUCGUCUAGUUACUGGAAAAUUAUACGAAUCAAAAGAGUCUGAAGAGACAACCAAUCCUGCCAAAAAGACAAAGCUAAAUGUGGAUGUCGAUGGGGUUCAAGUUCUUCGUUCACAGGUGGGAUUUGUGAGGCGUUUAUUUGAAAAACAUCCAGAUGUUGCAUUAGAGUUCCGUUCGAAGAACCAGCAUUUGAGGACAGGGUACAUUAGUGUUCUCAUCAGCUUAACUCAGAAACUCGGCCAAUCGCCGAAGGAACUUUCCAACGAUGACCUGUCAGGUGUAGUUGCUGCACUGACAUACAUGAAAGAUGCAGGAUUCAAGUUGGAUUGGUUGGAGAAGAAACUUGAUCAAGUAAAGGAAAAGAAGAAGAAACAAGAGGCUUGUUUGGCCCAGCUGCAAGAAAUGGAGAAAGAGCUUAACCCAAUAAAGCAGAAGUGCUUAGACCUUGAAGCUCAGAUGGAUAAGAAGAAGGCUGAGCUUUUGGAAGCAUGUGCCCCUGAUCUCUCUUUUGAUUAG